AUGAUAGUUUUUUCUGUUCGGUUUAAGUUUAAUAAUAAAUACACGGAAUCCAUUUUAGCCUUCGCUGACGAUCUCGCAAUACUGACACGUAACCCCAAACACUGUCAAGUACUAUUGGAUGAAGUGGAUAAAUUCUGUGAGUGGACGGAUGGAUUGAGGACAAAACCCAGUAAAUGUCAUUGUCUGUGUCUUGGUAGGCGGAAUACAAGAUAUACCUCAUACGAUCCGGGACUAUCGUUAGGCGGUCAAUGCAUUUCUACGGUUACGAAAAAUGCACCAUUUAAACUUCUCGGUCGUAAGAUUGUUAAUAUAGGCCGUACUCCAUCUUUAGAAGGAAUAGUAGAUAGCUUCUUGAACGAUCUUAACAAGGUAGAUAGCCAACUGAUAAGUAACGUCAAAAAAGCGUGGAUCUACGAGAAUUACUUAACUUCACGUUUGAAUUGGCCUUUCCUCGUCUAUGAUUUUAAUAAAACCCUUUUGUCAAAGUUAGAUGCAGGCGUCAUAAAGAUGUUGAAGUUGUGGCUCGGGCUCGCUCUAACGGCUGAUUCAUCGGCGUUAUUUAGGGGAAGCAAUAGUUUUGGGAUGAGUCUAAAAAGGCCAUCGGAGCUCUAUAAACACCUAAGAGUUUCCAAGAGAUAUAUCCUGGGGAAAUCCCAUGAUGACAUAGUGACAUCGCUCCCAAAAGAUGAAGAUGCCCCUGAGCUAGAGUCACGACUUCAAUUCCAUAAGCAAUUUAUGAUAGGAGCACAAAGUAACAGAGCGGGGUUAGGAUCAAAUAGGAAAGUCCAAGAUGCGGAUAUAUUGAAGUCUUUUAUUCGGCAAGACGAGAAUGAUAAAUAUAAGAUCCAUGCAAUUAGACAUAGGAGAUUUUUGCAUCCCAUUAGCAUUAAAAUGGCGCACUUUAAUUUAUGA